UCUAACUCGUCCUCAAAAUUUCUUCCAGAAACCCUUUUUCUUUGUCAAACGCUUCAUCUGCCAUGGCACCCAAGGGAGAGAAGAAACCAGCAGUGAAGAAGCCCGCAGAGAAGUCACCAGUUGAGAAACCCAAGGCGGAGAAAAAGAUCCCAAAGGAUGCAUCCUCCACCGACAAGAAGAAGAAAAGAAACAAGAAGAGCGUUGAGACCUACAAGAUCUACAUCUUCAAGGUUCUCAAGCAAGUUCAUCCCGACAUUGGAAUCUCCAGCAAAGCUAUGGGGAUCAUGAACAGCUUCAUCAACGACAUCUUCGAGAAGCUUGCUCAAGAGUCAUCUAGACUCGCUCGCUACAACAAGAAACAUACCAUCUCGUCCCGGGAGAUUCAGACUGCUGUUCGUCUUGUUCUUCCCGGUGAGCUUGCAAAGCACGCUGUUUCUGAAGGAACCAAAUCCGUCACCAAGUUCACCAGCUCUGAUUAGAUUAUUUUAUAUUAAAUUAGGGUUUACUUGAUGUAUAUUUUGUAUCGGCUCGUUUUUGACGUAGCAAUGAAAUAUCAAGGAAAUGAAUAUUAGUUCUAAAAUUUUAUU